AUGAACUCGCCAAUGAAUCCAAAGGAAAAGCUACUGAAAGAUGACGGCUCAGACAAAGUAGAUGAAGGAAUCUACAGAAGUAUUGUUGGCUGUCUCACGUACCUCACAGCCACCAGACCAGAUAUUCUGCAAAGUGUGAGUGUGCUAUCUAGGUUCUUGAAUUGUGCAAGUGAAAUGCACAUGAAAGCAGCGAAAAGGGUGAUAAGGUAUGUGAAAGGAACUUUGGAUUAUGGCAUUAAGUUUACAAAGUGUCAGAAUUUCAAGCUGCAAGGAUAUUCUGAUAGUGACUGGGCAGGAUCAGUGGAUGAUAUGAAAAGUACUUCUGGAUAUUGCUUUAAUUUUGGUUCUGAUUGUUUUUCAUGGUGCUUAAAGAAGCAAGACAUUGUAGCACAAUCAAUUGCCGAAGCAGAGUCAUUGCUGCUAUUGCAGCAGCAAACCAGGCCCUGUGGCUAA